ACAGCGUGGAUAUAGCUCAUCAGUCUGCUGCCAAUAACGAACGCCGAAGUGAGUGCUAACUGUCGGGCUUUUGGCCGUGCUCAAAAAUACGAUAAUUUGGAAUCGUAGAGCAAGUAAAGGAGAUUGCCAUCUAGCUGCUGGGCUAAACGUCGAAGUUAGUGUUUGGUGACAGCCUUAACAGCAGCUGUUCAAGUAAAAUCGACGGUUACCACGCGAAGCGUAAAGACGUACUGUUAUCGUUUUCUCAUUGGCACAAAUUACCAUGAGUGAGUCAAUGGUGUUGUCGGUAAUUAUGCCGCAGACCCAGCUGCCACCGCCGCCGCCGCCCCCAGAACCACAGCCGAUAAUUCUGUCAAUGAUGGCACCACCUGAGCCUGUUCAGCCGCUUGUUGUGUCAAUGAUGGCUCCUCCACCACCCCUACCGCCGGCCCAGGCUUUAGUUUUGUCGGUUGUGGCGCCACCUACUUCAACAGCUGAUCCCUUUGUUCUAUCGAUGAUGCCGCAGGUGCAGGCGCAGCAACAGCAGCAGCAGCAGCCUCAACAACAAACGAUGAUGUUAUCAAUCAUGAACGGGCAGUCGGUGGAUUACAAUCAACAGAGUGUACCCGUUCAACCCCCGGUUAUCCAGUUGUCCCAAGUGGGUAGUGCGUAUCAGGCAGUGUCGGUGUCACAGAUGCAGCCGGUGUCACAGAUGCAGCCGGUGUCACAGAUGCAGCCGGUGUCACAGAUGCAGCCGGUGUCACAGAUGCAGCCGGUGUCACAGAUGCAGCCGGUGUCACAGAUGCAGCCGGUGUCACAGAUGCAGCCGGUGUCACAGAUGCAGCCGGUGUCACAGAUGCAGCCGGUGUCACAGAUGCAGCCGGUGUCACAGAUGCAGCCGGUGUCACAGAUGCAGCCGGUGUCACAGAUGCAGCCCGGAGGAGCGAAGCCUGGCAUGGAAGUUCCUGAACCUGUGUCUGAAAUGGGUGCGUCCCAGAUGGGUAUCAGCAAAGCGACCACGACUUCCGCUAAGGUUCAGGCCAGGGGGCCUGUCAUAGCGAAGACCACCAGCAAGACGCCGGCGAAGUCGGCGGCUGGGGCCAAGGGCAAAGCAUCAGUUAAGACAGGCGCUAAAGGAGGGAAGGAAACAAAGGGGGCAGCAAAGGACGCCAAGGCUCCGUCCUGGCUGAAGACGAAAGGAAAAUGAUGUGAUCACAGCAGGAGACUAAUACUACAAAAGGACAAAUUAAAGUGAUAUACCGCGGUCGCGGAGAUACUGGCGUUUGA